AUGGCGUACGGCAACGUUUUAUCACGUUUUGCUCCGACAACUUCAACCCAAGAGCCGCGUCGAGACAAUACCUUACCACCACGACAAUUGGGAAUAACCUGGAAGAAUCUGACCGUCCAGGUGGCCUCCUCUGAUGCGGCCGUUCACGAGAAUGUCUUAUCUCAGCUGAAUCCCGUGAAGAGCCUUCACCGCUUGCGACACAGACCAGCGAAGAGGACCAUUCUCGACAAUAGCCAUGGCUGCGUUAAGCCUGGCGAAAUGCUUCUCGUCUUGGGCCGUCCUGGAUCGGGAUGCUCAACCCUCCUGAAUGUGUUGACGAACCAACGGAAUGGGUAUGCUUCGGUGUCUGGCGACGUCCACUAUGGCAGUAUGGAUCCCACUGAAGCAAAGCGCUAUCGUGGCCAGAUCAUUCUGAGCUCGGAGGAUGAGAUUUUCUUUCCAUCCUUGACGGUUGGCCAGACUAUGGACUUUGCGGCUCGUCUGAAGUCUUCGGAUCAACAUGUGUCGACCAAAUCGUUCCCGGAAAACUCUUCUCACUCUCUUUUGCGCGCCCUGGGCAUCGAUCAUACCACUACCACCAGGAUAGGGAACGAGUACAUCCGUGGAGUGUCGGGCGGAGAGAGACGACGUGUGUCGAUUGCCGAAUGCCUUACCACACGAGGGUCGAUAUACUGUUGGGACAAUAGUACCAGGGGACUGGAUGCCAGCACGGCGCUCGAGUAUGUCAAGACGAUCCGAGACCUAACCGACCGCUCCGGGCUAUCAUCUAUCAUGACCCUCUACCAAGCCGGCAACGACAUUUAUCACCUGUUCGACAAAGUCCUCAUACUCGAGCAAGGUCACCAGAUUUUCUACGGCCCAUCCAAGGAGGCAUGCCCUUUCAUGGAGGGUCUUGGCUUCCAAUGCAGGGAGGGUACCAACGUCGCCGACUUCUUGACCGGAAUCACGAUCGAGACGGAACGGAUCAUUCGCCCAGGGUUCGAACUCAGCUUUCCCCGAAGCGCCGAAGCUAUCCGCGACAAAUACGAAGAAUCCAAGAUAUGUUCACAGGCAGCAGCUGAAUACGAAUAUCCUUCCACGACUGAGGCAAGAGAGUGGACAAAGCAAUUCCAAGCGACAAUACAGGGGGAGAAAAAUACACAUUUACCAGAGAAAAGUCCUCUGACUGUGGGCUUCUUCUCUCAAGUCCACGCAUGUACAAUCCGGCAAUACCAGGUCAUCUUCGGCGACAAGGUCACCUUUUGGACAAAACAAGCGACAGUCUUGGUGCAAGCAUUAGUUGCUGGGUCUCUUUUCUACGACGCCCCGAGCACGUCGGCGGGCAUCUCUCCACGAUCCAGCGCCAUCUUCUUUGCCAUCAUGUUCAACACGCUGUUGGCCAUGUCGGAAGUUACCGAUUCCUUCUCAGGAAGACCCGUCCUUGCAAAACACAGGUCGUUUGCCCUGCUCCAUCCAGCCACGUUCUCUGUUGCGCAGAUUGCGGCCGACGUUCCCAUCGUCCUGGCACAGAUAUCUGUCUUUUCCUUAGUGUUGUACUUUAUGGUUGGCUUGACGCUAUCAGCAAAGUCCUUUUUCAUCUUUUGGGUCAUUUUGGUGUCCACCACAAUGUGUAUGACAGCCUUGUUCCGAGCCAUCGGUGCUGCGUUCACAACAUUCGACAAAGCGACCAAGGUGUCCGGAUUGGCCAUCAUUGCAAGCGUGUUGUACACCGGCUUCAUGAUUCCAAAACCGGACAUGAAACCUUGGUUCGUCUGGAUCUACUGGAUCAAUCCCCUUGCAUAUGCAUUCAACGCCCUGAUAUCCAACGAAUUCAACGGCAAAACCAUUCCAUGUGUCGGAGUCAACUUGUUGCCCAUCGGUCCAGGUUACAACAACACCAGCAUGGCUCAUCAAUCCUGUGCAGGCGUUCCCGGUGCAGUUCCAGGACAGACGUUCGUCACGGGAGACUCGUAUCUUCAAUCUUUUUCAUACAGCCUCUCUGAUCUUUGGAGGAACUUUGGAAUAAUUUGGGCUUGGUGGGCGCUAUUUGUGGCCAUCACUGUGGCUUCAACUUCAAGGUGGAAGUUUUCUUCUCAGAGCACAUCGAAGCUUCUUACACCGAGGGAGAAGAAACAGGAGCGUCAGAAGGCAACUCCUCGAUCUAGCGAUGAGGAGUCCCAAUACUCGGGUGAAGACACCGUCAGUAGCGAACCCCGUCCAUACCAGGCGACGGAUGGCGCCCUCAUCCGGAACACCUCGAUUUUCACCUGGAAAGAUAUCUCCUAUGUGGUGAAAACGGCAGAAGGGGAUCGAAAGUUACUCGACGACGUGUACGGCUGGGUCAAGCCAGGUAUGCUAGGAGCGCUGAUGGGCGCUUCUGGAGCUGGCAAAACGACGCUGCUCGAUGUCUUAGCGCAGCGCAAGUCUGAAGGGUCUAUCAAGGGAUCCAUCAUGGUUGACGGUCGUCCUCUCCCCAUCUCUUUUCAGCGGUCAGCUGGGUACUGCGAGCAAUUUGAUGCCCAUGAGACGUACGCUACGGUCCGUGAGGCCCUCGAGCUUUCCGCGUUGUUGAGGCAAGGCCGCGAUGUUGCCCGCGAGGACAAACUGAAGUACGUCAACGAGAUUAUUAGCUUGCUCGAGUUGGAUGACCUUGCCGACACCUUGAUCGGUACAGUCGGUGACGGUCUGUCGGUGGAACAACGGAAACGUGUCACUAUCGGCGUUGAGUUGGUAUCAAAGCCGAGCAUCCUUCUGUUUCUUGACGAACCAACCUCAGGCCUCGAUGGCCAGUCAGCCUUCAACAUCGUCCGGUUUCUCCGGAGACUCGCGAACCUCGGCCAGGCAAUAUUGGUUACAAUCCAUCAACCUUCUGCCCAGCUAUUGACACAAUUCGACACAUUACUUCUCCUAGCCCGCGGUGGCAAGAUGGCAUAUUUUGGGGAUAUCGGUGACAAUGCCGAGGUCGUCAAGGCAUAUUUCAACCGAAACGGAGCACCCUGUCCCCAACAGGCAAACCCGGCCGAACAUAUCAUUGAUGUUAUCUCGGGCAAAGCAUCCGAAAGAGACUGGAGUGAGGUUUGGCGUGAAUCAGCAGAGCAUCAUGCGGCUGUAGAGCAGCUUGACCUGAUGUUAUCAGAAGCAGCUUCGAAGCCGCCAGCUACGAUUGAUGAUGGUCACGAAUUUGCGCAGCCUCUCUGGACCCAGAUCAAACUCGUCACGAAGCACAUGAACAUCGCCUUAUUCCGCAACACAGGCUACAUCAACAACAAGUUCAUCUUGCAUGUUUUCUGUGGCCUUUACAACGGCUUUUCCUUCUGGCAAAUUGGAGACUCACUGAACGACUUGCAACUGCGCAUCUUCACUAUUUUCAACUUCAUUUUCGUGGCACCCGGGGUUAUUAACCAGCUGCAACCACUCUUUAUCGAGCGCCGGAAUCUCUUUGAGGCACGCGAGAGCAAGUCGAAAGCCUAUUCCUGGAUCGCCUUUGUCACCGGGCUGAUAAUCUCAGAGACUCCAUACCUGAUUAUCUGUGCAAUCCUGUAUUUUGCCUGUUGGUAUUAUACAGUCGGGUUCCCUGUGGCUGCGGAGAGAGCCGGCUCGACCCUAUUUGUCAUGCUGAUGUAUGAAUUCCUCUAUACCGGCAUUGGACAGUUCAUUGCUGCUUACGCACCCAACCCGGUCUUUGCCUCACUUAUCAAUCCAUUUGUCUUGGGUGUCUUGAUCAUGUUUUGCGGUGUACUUGUUUCGUACGAGCAGAUUACAUCUUUCUGGCGCUAUUGGCUGUAUUGGCUGAAUCCUUUCAGCUAUAUCAUGGGAAGUUUGAUAAUCUUUAGCAGUUGGGACCUUCCAAUUCAUUGUUCCGAUGAUGAAUUUGCGGUCUUCAGCCCACCAGAUGGAUCGUCCUGUGGCGAGUACCUUUCGUCGUAUCUCACGAUGGGAGGAGUUGCCGGGAACCUUACCAACCCGAAUGAUACGGCUACUUGCCUCGUUUGCCCGUAUCGGAACAGCAAUGACUACUUCUGGGCUCUCAACUUGAAGGAGUACUAUUACGGAUGGCGUGAUGCUGGUAUUGUGGCGCUCUUUGUCUUGAGCUCUUACUGUCUGGUCUUUCUCUUGAUGAAGCUACGGACUAAAGCAUCCAAGACCGCGAAAUGA